UUAACCACCAUUUUGUUUAUUUUCGCGUAAAUAAUUAUAAUACUGGAUAUCUUAGUGAACAUUUUUAGUAGGCCGUAUAAUGCAGUAAUCGAUUCAUUCUGGCGAUGCUUAAAAUAUUAGGAAUGUGCUAUUAGCGUACCAGCGACGUCGGGCCCUUGUGUUGAUCUUUGCAGACGGCCGCGCCGCUUAUAAACGUUACUUCGGCGCAGUGCGCUCUAAUAUCAGAAAACAGCAGUGCAAGACGAAAGGAUUGAGAGCAAACGAAGUGGCCCGUUGCGAUUCUGUCAACGACUCCUCAGGAAAUCCAAAGGGAGCGAUCCCCUGGUAGGAAAUAUCGAAGAGUCGUGGGCGAGAGUCCCCCGUGGCGCGCCCGGCUAACAUGAACCACACGUCUGCUGCGGACAGGCAGCACGACACUAAUGUGAACCAAGUGGAGGAGAUGGAGACACAAGACGUGGAGACCGUAGAUACCGCCACAGAUAAGGACUGUGACGAGACGGAGACUCUUCUUAUGAAAUGGUCCACUGAUCAAGUGGUCAUGAGUGAGGUUAUGAAGAACCAGGAGACAACAUCUACAGCUAUGGUUCAAGACACCGAAAUGGAAGACGACGAAGCGAGGUCCGAAGCGACCUUCCGCUACACAGUGCAGAACUUCCGUAGCCUCAAGGACUCGGUAUUGUCCCCGCCCUGCUACGUGCGCAACCUGCCCUGGAAGAUCAUGGUCAUGCCGCGGCAGGCCCCGUCGCCCGACCGGCAGCAGCAGAAGUCGCUCGGCUUCUUCCUGCAGUGCAACGGGGAGAGCGAAUCUUCCAGCUGGUCAUGUUACGCCAUGGCAGAGUUGAGACUCAUCUCGCAUAAGCCGGACUGUGAACCGUUUUUUAGGAAGAUACAGCAUUUGUUCUACAGUAAGGAGAAUGAUUGGGGCUUCUCCCACUUCAUGGCGUGGAACGACGUCCUGGACCCGGAGAAGGGCUACAUCAAGGACGACGCCAUCACCCUCGAGGUGCACGUGACGGCGGAGGCGCCCCACGGCGUGUCCUGGGACUCCAAGAAACAUACCGGCUAUGUAGGCCUCAAGAACCAGGGCGCGACUUGCUACAUGAAUUCCCUGCUGCAGACCUUAUACUUCACCAACCAAUUAAGAAAGGCAGUCUACAAAAUGCCCACGGAGUCGGACGAUAGUACAAGGUCCGUCGCCUUAGCACUGCAGCGAGUAUUCUACGAGCUCCAGUUCUCCGACAAGCCCGUCGGAACUAAAAAGCUGACCAAGAGUUUCGGCUGGGAAACGCUGGACUCCUUUAUGCAGCACGACGUCCAGGAGUUCCUUAGGGUUCUGCUGGACAAAUUGGAGAGUAAAAUGAAGGGCACGUGCGUCGAGGGCACUGUGCCCCGCCUGUUCGAGGGCAAGAUGACGUCGUACAUCAAGUGCAAGAAUGUCAAUGUGUCCAGCACGCGCGUCGAGACCUUCUAUGACAUACAACUGAACAUAAAGGGGAAGAAGAAUAUCGACGAGUCGUUCAAAGACUACAUCAGCACGGAGAUGCUGGACGGCGACAACAAGUACGACGCGGGCGAGCACGGGCUGCAGGAGGCGGAGAAGGGGGUGAUCUUCGCCUCCUUCCCCCCCGUGCUGCAUCUGCACCUCAUGAGGUUCCAGUACGACCCCAUCACGGACAGCUCCGUCAAGUUCAACGACAGGUUCGAAUUCUACGAGCACAUCAACCUAGACGCGUACCUGCAGGAGAAGCCCGAGACGCCGGCCGACUACACGCUGCACGCCGUGCUCGUGCACUCGGGCGACAACCACGGCGGACACUACGUCGUCUUCAUCAACCCCAAGGGCGACGGCAAGUGGUGCAAGUUCGACGACGACGUGGUAUCUCGCUGCACGAAGCAGGAGGCCAUCGAGUACAACUACGGAGGCCACGAUGAGGACAUGGCCCUCACCGUGCGCCAUUGCACCAACGCCUACAUGUUGGUUUAUAUUAGGGAUUCUCAAUUAAAAACAGUGUUGCAAGAAGUAACUCAACCAGACAUUCCGUCUGAACUAAGCGAGAGACUGGCAGAGGAGAAACGAAUUGAAACUAUCCGUCGCAAGGAGCGCAACGAGGCGCACCUGUACAUGACGGUGAACGUGGUGCUGGAGGACGAGUUCGACGGGCACCAGGGCAACGACCUGUACGACCCCGAGCGCGCGCACUGCCGCGCCUUCCGCGUGCGCAAGCAGGCCAGCGUGGCCGAGCUCAUGGACGUGCUGGCCGACAACUUCCGCUACCCGCACAAGCAGCUCCGCCCCUGGCCCUUCAGUGCGCGCUCCAAUCAGACAUGCAGACCAACCUGCCUAGACAUAAUCAACGAUCAACACAAGACCGUAGCCGACGUUUCGGAGAACACGAACCCCUGGAACAUCUUCCUCGAGAUGCUGCCCCCGGACUCCGGCCUCAGCACGCUGCCCACGUUCGACAAGGACAACGAUGUGGUGCUCUUCUUCAAGUUCUAUGAUCCCAAGCAGAAGAGGAUCCAUUAUUGCGGACACCACUAUUUGCCGAUUGCGAGCAAGCUGCCCGAUCUCAUACCGAUACUCAAUAAACGUGCUGGUUUCCCAACUGAUACUCCCCUAGUACUGUACGAGGAAAUCAAACCCGACUUCGUGGAGAAGAUCAACAAUUACAACGAUCCCUUAGAAAAGUUAACAUGUAUGGCCGGCACAGGUAUGAUGGAUGGCGACAUCAUCGUGUUCGAGCGAGCCGACCACCGCCACGAGGAGCUCGAGCUGCCCACCUGCCAGGACUACUUCAAGUACAUCUUCUACAAGGUCGAGGUGCAGUUUGUGGAUAAGACGCUACCCAACGAUCCGGGAUUCACAAUGGAGUUGUCUAUGCAAAUGCGUUAUGAGCAAAUGGCGAGAGCGGUCGGCCAACGGCUCAACGUCGACCCUUACUUAAUACAGUUCUUCAAGUGUCAGAAUUACAAGGAUACGCCCGGUUUGCCGCUGCGGUACUCCUACGACGGCAUUCUGAAGGAUCUGCUAGUGUACUGUAAACCAAAGUGCCCUAAGAAAUUGUUCUACCAGAUUUUAUCUAUUAAAGUUAACGAAUUGGACAAUAAGAAACAGUUCAAAUGUUUAUGGGUUGGUCCUAAUUAUAAAGAAGAUAAAGAAUUAAUUUUAUAUCCAAACAAAGGUGGUAAAGUAGCAGACAUAUUAGAAGAAGCGGCUAAAGUUGUUGAGAUGUCUCCCGACGGCUCGGGCAGAUUACGGAUCGUGGAGGUGUCGUGUCACAAGGUGUUGCCCGGGCCCGACCCCGAGCUCACGCUCGACCAGGUCACCAUCGCGCCGCCCAGACUCUACAGAAUAGAGGAGAUACCUCAGGACGAGUUGAAUCUACAGGAGGAUGAGGCGUUAGUGCCGUGCGCUCACUUCCACAAGCAGGUGUACGCGACGUUCGGCAUCCCGUUCUACACGCGCGUGAAGCACCUCGAGCCGUUCCAGGCCGUCAAAGACCGGCUGCAGGCCAAGCUCGACAUACCCAACAAGGAGUGGGAAAAGUACAAUUUCGCUAUAGUGACAAAUGGCAGACCUAACUACAUAAGUGAAGGAGCGACAAUAAACAUAUUCGACUUCAGGCCGAGUAGUAAUGCAAAUCUGUCGCUUCCAGACGCGACGGGGCGGCCGUGGCUGGGGCUGGACCACAUCAACAAGACGCCGAAGCGCUCGCGCGUCAACUACCUGGAGAAGGCCAUCAAGAUCUACAACUGAGCGUGUGCCGCCCGCCGCCCGCGGCCUCCGGGACCGCGCUAGGGCCCCGAUACUUAUGUAAAUACGAUUUACUUUCGUUACCGACUUUGUCUGUUAUCUAUUUAUGACGUUUGGAAGCAGAUCGAUAUCAUUUCCAUAUUUUUGCAAUGCGGUGGAGUCCAUGUUUUAUACAUUAGUAGAUUAGACCAUAUUGUAUGUACAUAUUUUGUAAUUUUAAAACGCAUAUUUAUAUGGGCCCUAGACGUAACCGUUUUUCGAGUGAAUGUAACUUAGCGCCGGGCGAGUGAGUGAGAUUUCUUUGAUUGAAGAAUUCUUUCUUGAAAAUAAUUGACAAUCACAGGCUCCUGCGGUGGCGGCAUGGUUGCAGUUUUAUCACCUGUCACUAUGCCUGUCACUUUCGCACUUACAUACUUGUUUGAACGUGACAUGCAUUUUGACAGGCGAUAAAAAUGCGACCGUGCUUAGCCUGCUGAACUAAGAAAUGUGCGACAAUAAGCAAGAAUUAGAUUGUGCUCUCAUCAAUAGGUAAAGCGGACACUGCGGCGUAUGUUUGUUGAAGACAUUUGAAACCCGCAAAGGAUGAUACUGUGUUUAUAUCGCCGUUCUUCGUUCAUAACCGACUGUCUAAUUGUCUAUUUAAUUAGUUUAGUUAUCUGUGUUGAUGCCUCCCUGUUAAAUUUAUAAAAUAGGAAUGUACGUAAAUAUCCGAAUGCUUGACACUACCUUAUUAGUUGCCACUUUCAUAGUGUAAAAAAGUGGUUAAGUAUUGGAAUUAGGUUGUCAAAUAAUAGGACGUUUACUUAGGUAAUGUAGACAGGACGGCCUACGUUACAUCGUGUAUAGCAGCUAGAUACGGGCCGCGACGACGUAAGUUACGUUCACUCGACCGUCAACAAACACCAGUUCGACCUGUACCGCGCUAUUUAUUACGUAUUUAUAUAUAUAUUUGGACCAUAGGUGACAUUCAUUGUAGUUUAAUAAUUGGAAUCAGUAGUCCUGCUAGCAGAUAUGCGUAUCAUUGUUUUUAUAAUUGAAAGAUUCGCCGAAUUACUUUUCGAAACAUUUAGUAGGCUAAUCAUUCUAUAAAAUAUAUCCCUCGUUACAGUUUGUUGUAGAAAUAGUCUAAACUAAAAUGACGGGCUCCAGGCUCAGUUGCAAAUUUAUUUUAAAGGAAUUAAACUUUGUGUAAAUGUACCUAUCAGAAAUCAAAAGGCGUCAAUUAGUUCUAAAGCGCUAGCUAUCACGCGAGUUAAAGUGUGCAUAAUGACUGACUGACCUAAAAUCAGGGCCUAUCGCGAUGCACUACCUUCAUUCUUUCGUCUAUUUGUCUUUCUAUUGCUCAAAUAUGCAAGACCAACAGAGAUACAAAUAACGAGUUUUCGACAUUCGCGGUACGUCUUCAUUCAAGAGAUAGAUAUCGUGCAUAUACUCAAAUUUUAUAACAUGUAUAUGUUUCAUCUUCUUAUUACUAUUAAAUAAGUCGAAUAAGAAUAUUCAUGUACUGUUAAUUCAUCAAGACUAUCUUCUAAGUCUGCAGUAGAAAAAGCUACUUUGCAUAAAUUUAAAUUUUGAAAAUAAUGCAAAAGGGGAAACGCGGUUCAGAUGAUAAGCGGAUACUCAUUUUGGUUCUCAUUAGACGUGUAAGCGUGUUGAAGCAUUUUAUUGUGCAGCUAAAUAAACCUUAACGGUCGGGCACCGAGUCAUUUUAGCGUAGACAGUAUCGAACUUGGUAAGUGAAUGUCGGUUAUGUUCAAAGUAUCUCAGUUUGGUAUUGCCUUUUAGCAUUUCCAGUGUCGAAAAUCGUGUUUGGCCUCCCCCAAUACUUAGAAUGUCGAAUAAACUACUUUAUUUAUACUUAAGCACGGACUGGUCGGUCGGUCGAACGUUCCCGGACGACCGGGGGCGACAACUGACCGACCGGUAGCAUUUUUGGUGAUUCGACUCUAGCUCAGCAUUUCUACAGAGUAUACAGCAUUAUUUAGAUACGAGUUUGUACUAUGGAGAUAUAUUAUAACGAUGUUUAAGGGUAUUAUUAUAUGUAUAUAGUCAAAUGUGCCUGUGUGUGAUCGCUUUUCGGUAUACGUGGCCUAUAGUCGUCUGCGACUAGCCGGCGACACGCAUUUUAUUUACGAAUUCUCGGUGGUAAGAUGUAGAUGUUCCUUAUCUCUGGGUGACCAUCCAUCAAAGCAGAGUAUUAUAUAAUAUUUGAAUCGAAUGGAGGAGGCACCUGUCAAUUUUAGCGUUUAUAGUAUUGUCGAAUUCCGUACAAAAAAAGGAACCAUUGCCGUGUGUGUCAUCUACAAUUAGCUUUUGCUGGCCUCUCCCAUUCUACAUGCGUUGUAUUAUUAUUAUCAUUCAAUAUAAAAUGCUUCAUAUGACAAGAAUAAAAUGAUAGAAUGUAUGUAAUAAAUAUCAUUUUGAAUGAAAAAAAGAAAUCAUUAGCAUAAGCAAUGAAAUAAUAGUAAGUAGGGCUCGCGGUCGUGUCCGUGAUUCGUGAACCCGUAGCCGUGCGCCCGGUUUCGUGUUUCACGGCAACGGUUUUCUGGUCCGUUCCGCACGUGACAUUCGGUUAAGUGAAAUUAGGGUACGUGAAUCCGUGUAGAUCCGUGUAGGCAUGAUCAUGGCUUCACGUAUCUUAAGAACACGCCGGUUCGGUCCGGCCGCGACGUUGAGUGAAGAUAAGAUGCGGUCUCAAAGAGCUACGAAUAAAAAUGUAUCAUGAGUUUUUUAUUCAUAGCUCUAAUUCCGUUUCAUUACUUUUGAAUUAAAAUUUAUUUCCAAUAGUAAGGCCUUUUAAAUAUUAAUGAGUAAUAAAUGAAAAGAACCAAACAUUAAUUACAUUGAAUAGCUACUUUAAUAAACGGGUUACUAAAAUAAUACAACACUGUGUGGGGUACACUAUUAGUAAGUAAUACGGAAUGUAUAAUUUUGGUAAGUGUUACUCGAAGUAUUGUCUAUCAAGGCAGAUACGACGUGGUCUAGGCAAAGUGAGAACCUCUGUACUCUGUGUAAAAGUAUUAAAGUGGCAUUAACAGUAACUUGGUAAAUAUUUAAUGUCAGUUUAUUAGAUGCAAUAAUUGAAUUUACUAGUGCCAAACUGCAUUAGGUAAUAAAAGUCCUGUUAAGAAGGUAAAAUUAAUUUGGGAUUUGCUUUGGUAGACGGUCACCUGUAGUCGCGCUUGGUCCGCAUACUUUAAUAACAUAGACUAAAAUAAUAUUGUUAUCAUUAUGUAAUACUAUCUGUAAUACUUAAUUAUUAUGUUACGUCAUUUUAUCAUAUGUUGAAUCGUGCUCUUGUUCAUAGACAAACCUAAUAAAAUUUCAUUAUAGUUUUUUUUCUAUUAGCAUCAUCGAAUCAAAUUUAAUCCCCAUUGUGAUAAAAUAGCAACUAUUAGUGAGGCUUGUACAUAAUAGCUCCUGCACAUACCUAUCGCGGACCUGUGUAGGUUUCAGCUUUUUUUCUAACAAAAAAAAAAAAACUAACGAUACGUGAAUUCUUAUGUAACCUGUUUUAUAGAAAAUAUUGAAGUGUGGAUAGAAUAAAAUGUGUUGAUUGUCGAAUCACCAAAAGGCGGCGCCGGGGCCCGGCGCGGCCGCUGCACCUAAGUAACUAGCACCACAUUGUUAAGGCUGAAAGCCGCUCAGAACAUCCGAACGUGUAUAAUGUUACUAUUUAAUUUUUAACUAAUUUUUUGCCGGAAAUAAUAGUGGCAAAUGGGAUUAUAGUUUCAUAGUUGAUUCACUAUUUAGACCCGUCUGUAGGAUUUGGAUCUCGAGCAGAGUUCCGUGACAACUUACCUACAAACUAUUGGAGGGAGUUCCAAUGUUUGUUAUGUUGGAUGUGAAUGUUUCACUGAAUAUAAUCCUAUAUUUGUUUACA